AUGGCUCGUGAACCUAAUACAACACAUCUGCUGUCAAAACCAAUAAUCGUAUCAAAUUUCCAUGGACAUGCAUUUGAAGGAGAAACAUUCAAUUUGAAAUGUUCUGUGGAGGACUCAGACGAUGUUCGUUACUCAAUAAGAUGGAAAACUCCAUUAGACGAAAACCCUAAAAACCAACUCAAUGACAUAAAUUCUGACAUUUUAACUGUCAAAAAUGCGCAAAAAAGUGAUGAAGGAAACUACACAUGCAUAGUUCAAACUUAUUUAGAUAACCCGCCAGUUAAUACCACAUAUUUGAUGGCUAUUUCCAAAAAAAAGGAAAUUAUAAUUUACACCACCGGCAACAAAACUAUCAGAAGUAAUGCCGAUGAGAAUAUAGCCUUAAACGUAACCUAUAGGAGCUUCUAUAAGGUUACUUUCAACUGGUAUGGUCCAGAUCUAAAACUUAUUAAACCGACUUCAAAAUAUGUGAUCAACCAAACUAAUUUAUCAAUAAAUUUGCAUAUCAAAAACCUCACCACCUUCGAUAAUGGGGAAUAUGUUCUCAAGGCAAAUAACGAUUUUGAUAAAAAGGACCUGAAGUUCAAGGUUCUUGUCAAAAGUAAACCCCAGAUUAUUACGAAAAACGUUUACGUUCGAGCUGGGGAACAAGCCAAAGUAGAUUGUGCAAUCUAUGCCUACCCUUUGGCAGUUGCAACUAUUACUUUUUUCAACUGUCAAAUUGAGCCAAAAUGGCCAACAUGUGAAGAAUAUGUCGAUAUACCAAAUUCAACACGAACUUCGUCAAAGGCUUCUGAUUUCGCAUGGAAAAAUGAGAUAUUCUUCAAAACAGAUCGGCCCGGAAAAAUGCGUUGUACUGGAGGCAAUGCCCUUGGAGAAAACACUAAUGACAGUUUCAUUCUAAUCGGUGAUAUAACGGAAAAUAUGGCGAUCUCCAUAGUUGGUGAACAGCGUCUUCAAAUUGCCAAGGGUGAUGAAGUGACUAUUGAAUGUGCCGCUCUGGCUUAUUUUUAUUCGAAUGAUCUGAAUUUAUUUAAAGAUAAUCAAAUGAUCAAAAGUGGCAAUGGUGUGGAAGUCAAUGCUACUUUUUCUAAUUUUACUUACAAGAAAACUAUAAAGUUUAAAGUUUUUGAAAAUCAACAUGUUGGAAGCUAUGAGUGUCGGGCAAAAGCUAGAAAAAUUGAGGGUGGUUAUGAUAGCAAAUUUCUGAAUAUCAGUGAUAUUUACGAACCUGAAUUGCCAGUUAUCGUUGAAACUAAUGUGAAUGGACUGCAUAAGCGUACUUUGGGGGCGUCCUUGGAGCUUAAUUGCGAAUUUAAGGGAAUGCCCAAACCCAGCAUCACAUGGUAUAAGGAUGAUAAGAAACUCAACAACAUAAGUACAAUUUCAAUAUCGAGAGAUAAGACAGUCUUGAAAAUAUUUAGUAUCCAACUUACUGAUGAAGGACUAUACAAAUGUGAGGCUUCAAACCGUUUGGGGCAUGUUCAAUCAAUAACAGAACUAAAGAUUACACGUAUGCCUGGAUUAAACAGUGAAUGGAUUGUUUUAAUGGUGGUUCUUAUAAUAUCAAUCAUCUAUUUGGGUUUACAAAUUAGAAAAGAAACGCAAAUUCUCCUUCGAAGGAAAUUAGCUGGCCUAGAAAAUUUCGAAAAAGGUGCAAUUGAACAAAUCAAUCCCGAAAUGUCAUUAACUGAACAAGCUGAUUUGUUGCCUUAUGAUCAACGUUUUGAGUUCCCUCAAAACAAAUUGAAAUUGGGUAAGAAGCUUGGCUCGGGAGCUUUUGGAGUUGUUCUAAAAGCUCAUGCAGAGGAAAUCAUUCCCGAAGAAAAGACAACUAUAGUGGCUGUCAAAAUGGUUAAACCUUCUGCCGACUACGAUGUCAUCAAAGCCUUAUUGUCAGAAUUAAAGAUAAUGGUUCAUCUUGGUAAACAUUUAAAUGUUGUCAAUUUACUUGGAGCUGUAACCAAAAAUAUUUUUAAACGUGAAGUUAUGGUUAUAGUGGAAUAUUGUUGUUACGGAAACAUUCAAAACUAUUUACUGCAACAUCAGACAAAAUUUGUUAAUCAAAUCAAUCCAAAUACGGACAAAAUUGAUCCUACUAUUGAUUUUGAGAAUAAUCGGAACUUUAUAAACGAGCCCAAUUCCAGUGAUUCAAAGGAAAUAGUUUAUGUGACAGAAGAAAGUGUACGGAAGUCAAUGUCUGAUGAAUACCUAAUCAUGUCAAAUUAUAAUCCUGAUGCAAGUGAUGAAGAUAUGCGAAUUAUCAAUACGUCAGAUCUUGUUAGUUGGGCAUUCCAAGUGACACGAGGUAUGGAAUACUUGUCAUCGAGAAAAGUACUUCAUGGUGAUUUGGCUGCAAGGAAUAUACUUUUGUGUAAAGAUAAUAUUGUUAAAAUUUGUGAUUUUGGACUUGCCAGAUCAAUGUACAAAACUGAUCAAUAUAAAAAGCAAAGUGAUUCACUUUUGCCAAUAAAAUGGUUAGCUUUGGAAUCACUUUCUCAUCAAAUCUAUAGCACAUAUUCUGACGUUUGGUCAUUUGGUGUUAUGUUAUGGGAGUUUUUCUCUCUAGCAACUGUGCCAUAUCCAGAAAUUCCAGCAUGUCAAUUAUACAAGAAACUUAAAGAUGGAUAUCGGAUGGAAAAGCCACCUUAUGCUAAUGGAGAAAUAUACGAUGUUAUGUUGAAGUGCUGGAAUGCAAAUCCCCAAAGUCGUCCACUUUUCCAUCAAUUGGAAAAGAUAUUCGCAAAUAUGUUGGAAACAGAUGUCAAAAAUCAUUAUGAGUUUUUAAAUAAACCAUAUUUACACACCAACAAGGAACAAAUGAGAAAAUCAAAAAAGGACUAUAUAGAGUUCAUGGCUUCACCAAAAGCAAUGCCGACUGUUUGA